AUGCAGCCAAGAAAUGUAAAUCCACAGAGAGAAAGCAAUUUGAAAAUUACAGAAACAAAUCUCACCACAAUAAGAGAGUUUGUUCUCUUGGGCUUCUCUGAAAUUCCCAGAUUCCACUGGUAUCUUUUUGGGGUAUUCUUAGUCAUCUAUGUGAUUAUCCUUUUGGGAAAUGGUGUCAUAAUUCUUAUAACAAAAGUAGAUCACACACUUCAGACCCCCAUGUAUUUUUUUCUUAGAAAUUUAUCCUUCCUAGAAAUCUGCUAUGUCUCUGUCACUCUUCCAAGAAUGCUCAUGGACCUUUGGACCCAGAAAGGAGCUAUUUCUAUUUCUGCCUGCGCUACACAAAUGUGCUUCUUUCUUAUACUGGGGGCCACCGAGUGCUUCCUGCUGGCCGUGAUGUCCUAUGACCGCUAUGUGGCCAUUUGUAACCCUCUGCACUACCCUCUGGUCAUGAACCACAAGAUGUGUGUCCAGCUGGUAGCUGCUUCCUGGGCCAUUGUAACUCCAGUCCAGAUAGGUCAAACAUGCCAGAUUUUCCUUCUGCCUUUUUGUGGUUCUAAUCUAAUCAAGCACUUCUUCUGUGACAUUCCCCCCAUUCUCAAGCUAGCUUGUGGGGACAUCUUCAUAAAUGAGAUAAUGAUCUAUAUAUUUUCUGUACUGUUUGUCCCUGUUCCUUUUCUGUUGAUCCUCAGGUCCUAUAGCAGAAUUAUUUCCACCAUCCUGAAGUUGCCAUCAACUACAGGACGGGCCAAAGCCUUCUCCACUUGCUCCUCUCACCUAAUCGUUGUAAUUUUAUUCUAUGGAACUGCCACCAUCACCUAUUUAAAACCUAAGUCCAAUCAGUAUGAAGGAAUGCAAAAACUGUUCUCUCUUUUCUAUACUAUAUUGACCCCAAUGUUCAAUCCUCUGAUAUACAGUCUGCGAAACAAAGAUGUUUUAGAGGCUCUACGGAAAUUGCUUCCCAAAAUGUCAGCAUUGUGA